AUGUUUUUUCAAACUUUUUUAGUAGUUGUGAUAGCGAACACAGCACUUUCCCAGAGGAUUCUCUUAUCAACCGGUGAAAUCGAAGGCAAAACCCUUAACGCAACAUAUUCUCCAUUAGGAAAUCAAUCCGCAAUUGUGUUUCUUGGUAUUCCAUAUGUCGCUCCUCCGUUGGGAAAUCUUCGAUUUCAUAAACCGAAACCACCAAUUCCAUGGAAGGGAAUUCUGGAGACGAAAGCAUACCGUCCAGCUUGUAUGAGUAAUGCCACGAAAACUUACAAAAACAGUGUUGGCGGACCAAUUUCGGAAGACUGCCUCUAUGCGAACGUCUUUACGAAUGAGUAUUGUUUGGAGAAGAAAAAUUGUUCCGUAAUGAUUGCAAUUCAUGGUGGUGGUUUCUUAUUUGAGUCUGCUUCAGCGUUCAAUCCAGAAAUCCUUAUAAACAAUUUUGUUGGACAGAAUAGAAAUAUAGUGGUAGUCUCUCUAAACUAUCGUUUAGGAGCUUUUGGAUUCGGACACUUAGCUGGGGAUGUUGGAGAACGAAAUCUAGGUCUUUUUGAUAUUCUCGCUGGAGUGAAAUGGGUGAGACAAGAAAUCCACAGUUUCGGAGGAAAUAAGCAUAGGAUCACUUUGAUGGGACAUUCGGCAGGUGCUGGCCUAGUUGCUUUGUUUUCCAUCUCUCCCUUGACGAAAGGAUUGAUUCAUCAACAAAUUGUAAUGAGCGGUCCUCUAACGAAUCUUUCAAAGAAGUCAAACUACAAAGCAAUGACAAAAGUAACACAAAUCGUUGGGUGUUUGCCAGAAGAUGUCGGAUUCGAGCCAUUGUCGAAGGUUCAGUUGAAGAAAGUGAGUGUUAAAAGCAUUAAAAAAGAAGCUGUAAUUCUAAUUGCAUAUUCUUGUCUCCGUUCAAAAUCGGCACAAGAAAUUUUGGAUGCGGAAAUGUUCGUUAUGAGAGACACAACUUACUAUUUUGGAGCACCUCAUGUUGAUGGAGAGUUUAUCAUAGACUACCCUGACCACAUUUUCCAAGAUAAAUCAGUCUUCCCAAUUAACACUAUGCUUGGGACCACCACAGCCGAGCUUCGAGAUAGCAUAUAUAUCAAUGAUCCAAAAAAUGCAGACAAGAAGGAAGAACUUUUGCAAAAUAUGUGCGAACAUAUUGGCUUUGAAAUUUACAAGGAGCCGGAAAGAUUUGUGGAUCAGUGUGUGAAAAAUUAUGGAAAUGCUACGCAAGCCCAAUACUUGUCUGAUGACAUGGAAUUCUAUUCGAGAGCUAUCAGCACAGCGAAUUUACAUUUGAGUGAGAACACUAAAGUUUAUUUGUACAGUUAUGCCUACAGCGGAGCCGGACGUGCAUUCAACAAGUAUCUGAAUGUUCCAUCCCCACAUCAUUCUGAAGAUUUGAUCUACGUUUUUGGAACACAUCGAGGUGUAUUUGCUCCGAAAGACUAUAUCAUUGAGCAAAUCUAUACUGGAAUGUUCGCCAAUUUUAUAAAUUUUGGAAAUCCAACAUUAUCUGAAGAUCAGCCUUGGCUACAGUAUACCAAAGAAAAACGAGAGCAUUUUGUGAUUAACUUUGAUGCGAAUUUUACAAUGCCAGGAAUGAGAGAGUUAUAUUAUACGAAUGCGAUGAACUUCUGGCACAAUGCCGGUGAAAAAACCUUCCGUGAGCACUUCUCUAAAUCGCUUGACACAUUUCAUAUUGUCAAUUUGAACACUCCAAUUGUUUCUCAUAUCGAUGGAAUCUCAACAGAUGUGGAUAAAACAUUCGAGCAGACUGAAAUUUUGUUUAGUGAAAGGGAGCAAUUCUUGGCAGAAUUGAAAUUGAAGAGAAAUAUUGGGAAGGUGGCAGGAAAUGGAUGGGGACGAGAAGCGGCUGCAAGAAUUGUGCAAAGAGAAGCUGAGCUGGAAGAGAACGGAGGUGGAAUCAAUAUUCUGCUAAUAAUUUUCGCCGGAACUCUCGUCUUCGGAAUCCUCUACGUCACCAUAUCCCAUUUCUGCUUACAUCACCGAUCUCGUGAAGGCUAUCAACUUCUCAAGUGA